GGUCAGCCUCCCCUGGCAGGCGCCCUGAGGCCAGCAGGGGAUGGCAAAAGCAAGCAGGGGCCAAGGGGACUGGCUGGCUCCGGCCUCAGCAGGUCAUGCUGGCUGUUUGUGCUAUGUUGGAGAAGGGGGUGGACGGGGGCGGUGGUUAUAAAUGCUGCCGCCGAGGGCCAUGACCCCAGAACUGCGCCCUGUGAGGCCGUGUGAGACACCCCAAGAUGAAGCUGCCAGGCCAGGACGAGCUGGAUGUCUCCAGUUCCUGUGAAAAUGCGCCCUCAGGAGAGCAGAAUGGUGGUGCUAACCCCAGCCCUGAUGACCCCUCGGACACAGACUGCAGAGAAGUGGUGGAUCCUCUGCUCUUCGUCCAGCUGAACGAGUUGCUGGGCAGGCCGCAGGCCCUGGGCUGGAGACAGACAGGCAGGUGGGUGGUAUUUGAAGAGAAGCUGGAGGUGGGUGCGGGUCGCUGGAGCGCCCCCCACGUGCCCACCGUGACACUGCCUGGACUCCAGAAGCUGCGGUCCGCGCUGGCUACGGGCUUGGUUCUGCUAGAUUGCCCAGCUCAGAGUCUCCUGGAGCUUGUGGAGCAGGUGAGUGCGGUGGAAUGGCUGAGCCCGGAGCAGCGGGAACGGCUGCAGGCGCUGCUGCUGCAGAGACCCCUGCAUGGCGGCCAGACCCCAGGCACCAGGCGCUGCCCAGGAUUUGCCCGCUCAAGAGGUGUUCCAGGGGACGAGGAAGAGCCCCAGAAGAAACAGCGCUGCAGUCCCCUACGGCAGGUGCUGCCCCUCGGGACUGAGGCCGGGGUCGUGCUGGCAGGAGCGCUGGGCUUCCUGGCGCAGCCGCUGGCUGUCUUCGCGCGCUUGCGGGAGCCUGCAGUGCUGGAGGCCAUUAUGGAGGUGCCGCUCCCCUGCAGGUUUUUCUGCCUCCUCCUUGGCAUCCCCAAACAGGCCAAGGGCUACCAUGAGAUGGGCCGGGCAGCUGCUGUCCUCCUCAGCGACCCACAAUUUCAGUGGUCAGUUCGCCGGGCCAGCAGCCUUUGCGACCUGCUAGCUGCCCUGGAUGCCUUCUUGGAGGAGGUGACGGUACUCCCCCCAGGUCGGUGGGACCCGACAGCUCGACUUCCCCCGCCUAAAUGUCUGCACAAAAGGCUACCCCCGCAACUGCGGGAGACCAAGGGCACCGCUGCCCGGCGUGGGGCGUCAGCGGACAGGCACGGCCAGGAGCUGCAGCGCACAGGCAGACUCUUCGGGGGCCUUGUCCAGGACGUGCGUCGAAAGGCCCCGUGGUACCCCAGCGAUUUCUUGGACGCCCUGCACCCCCAGUGCCUUUCAGCAGUGCUCUACAUUUACCUGGCUACGGUCACUAAUGCUAUCACCUUCGGCGGGCUGCUGGGAGAAGCCACCGACCGUGCCCAGGGGCUGCUGGAAAGUUUCCUGGGCACGGCAGUGGCUGGAGCAGCCUUCUGCCUGCUGGCCGGCCAGCCCCUGACUAUCCUCAGCAGCACGGGGCCAGUGCUGGUGUUCGAGCGCCUCCUCUUCUCCUUCAGCAGAGAUUAUGGCCUGGACUACCUGCCUUUUCGCCUGUGGGUGGGCAUCUGGGUGGCCACCUUCUGCCUGGCACUGGUGGCCACAGAGGCCAGCGUGCUGGUGCGCUAUUUCACCCGCUUCACCGAGGAAGGCUUCUGUGCCCUCAUCAGCCUCAUCUUCAUCUAUGACGCCGUGGGCAAAAUGCUGAGCCUGGCCCAGGCCUACCCCAUCCAGACAUCGGGCACUCCCGCCUAUGGCUGCCUCUGCCAGUACUCAGACCCAGGAGGAAAUGAAUCUCAAUGGACAAUGCCAAGACCCGAAGACAGAGAAGACAAGCUAAGCCUGGACCUAGGCCUGGUCAACGUGUCCUUGAUGCCACCAUCUGAGUGCACCCAGCGAGGUGGUCGUCCUCGUGGGCCCGGCUGCCACACGGCUCCAGACAUCGCCUUCUUCUCCCUGCUCCUCUUCCUCACUGCCUUCCUUUCGGCCACGGCUCUCCAGCACAUCAAGUCCAGCCGCUUCUUCCCAUCCAUGGUACGCAAGGUUCUGGGCGACUUCUCCUCCAUCUUGGCCAUCCUUCUGGGCUGCGGCCUCGAUGCCCUCCUGGGCCUGGCCACGCCGAAGCUCAUGGUGCCCCGUGAGUUCAAGCCCACACUCCCUGGGCGAGGCUGGCUGGUGUCACCUUUUGGAGCCAACCCCUGGUGGCUGAGUGUGGCGGCCGCACUGCCAGCUCUCCUGCUGUCCAUCCUCAUCUUCAUGGACCAACAGAUCACGGCGGUCAUCCUCAACCGCUCUGAGUACCGGCUUCAGAAGGGAGCCGGCUUCCACCUGGACCUCCUCUGCGUGGCGGUGUUGAUGCUGCUCACAUCCGUGCUGGGGCUGCCCUGGUACGUGUCGGCCACUGUCAUCUCCCUGGCCCACAUGGACAGUCUCCGGAGAGAGAGCAGAGCCUGUGUCCCAGGGGAGCCACCCAUCUUCCUGGGGAUCAGGGAGCAGAGGCUGACAGGUCUGGUCGUAUUCAUCCUCACGGGCAUCUCAAUCUUCCUGGCACCUGUGCUCAAGUUCAUCCCAAUGCCGGUGCUCUAUGGCAUCUUCCUGUACAUGGGGGUGGCAGCCAUGAGCGGCAUCCAGUUCACAAAGAGGGUGCAACUCUUGCUGAUGCCGGCCAAACACCAGCCAGACCUCCUGUUCCUGCGACACGUGCCUCUGAGCCGGGUGCACCUCUUCACGGCCAUCCAGCUGGCCUGCCUGGCUGUGCUGUGGAUUGUCAAAUCCACGCCCGCGGCCAUCGUCUUCCCCCUUGUGCUGCUGGGCCUGGCGGGGGUCCGGAAGGCCCUGGAGUGGGUCUUCUCAGAGCAGGAACUCCUGUGGCUGGAUGAGCUGCUGCUAGAGGAGCAGAACCUCCGGGAGAAGGCGCCAGUGCCAGAGGAUGCCUUCAGAGGAAGUGACAGUGAAGACUCAGAGCUGAUAUAUCAGCCAAAGACUCCGGAAAUCAACAUCUCUGUGAAUUAGCUGAUUGGGACUUGGGGAGUGGAG